AUGGGCUUCCUUGCAAGUUGCCCCGAGCGCAGGGCAAACAUUGCGGCGAGCAUCACCCACAGGGGUGUGGAGUGGGACAAGAUUCAAUGGGGUCCAGCGAAUGAGGAGGGGGAGCGCUCGAACUUCGCCUUUGGCGGCGCCAUGAUCAACGGCCUCCUGUGCACCAUGGCUUAUGUGAAUGGGCUCAGCGAUGGCAGUUCCAACACCGCGGACUUCCUCAAAGGCCUGGGCACCAUUCUCGCCACCGCUGCCGUGGAAAUCCCGGGCUUAGGCCCCAUUCUGAGCGUCGUCAUCACCUUCGGAUUCUCCCUUUUCGGGGGCGCCGAGGAGAUCAAGGAUGAGCUGGAGAAGCUUUACAAGCAGAUCAUGAAGAAUGUGCGGGUGCUCCUCGAUGCGCAGCAGGUGAAGAACGCCAUAGAGGGCACCGGAGCCGCAGUGGGGAGCUUGAUGGAUGCCCUGUAUGGCCUGCCACCGCAAAUGAUGGAUGGCCUCAACAAGGACAUGGAUGAAGCGGCCAAGUAUGAACACUACACCAACAACCUCAAACCGGUGCGACUCGCAUUUGAGACUUCGUUCCCGGCAGUGUUUGGCUCGCUUGUGCAAUGUGUUGAGGAUGAUGGUCUCACUCCAGUGACAAACCCUGGCAACGAGUGCCAGCAGUAUUGGGGUCAUGGCGCGUUCAUCUAUCAGCUUCAAUUCGUGCUGAUGUACCUGAACCUCAUCGCCCGGACAGCAGUCGUCUCGACAGAUCCUCAGGUUUGGCUCGCCACGCUCCAUUCGAAGCUCCAGGUCUUCAGCCCACUGUUGCAGAGCUCAUACGACGGACUGAAAUUCAGCCUCAUGCGAGUUGAACAGUGUCAGUGGACUUUUCCGAGCUGCUGGCCGGCGAGUGCUAGAGGGGUUGAUGACUGCGUGUUUUCGAAUGUGUUUGAUGGCGAAUCUAAUGAUGAGUGGAUGAUGAAUGCAGACGGCUUCUGCUUCAAGAGGUGCCAGAGUCCGGCUUGGAUAGCUGGCGGAGAAGAGGCCAGCUGCAUCACUGGUUGCAGGUACAUCGUCCCGAAUGAUUGGCCGAAUUGUUUUGACUCAUCAGUCCGACAUCUUAGCUGUGAGCAAGCCUCGGAAAGUGUCGGGCUCGCUGGCGGCACGUGGGCAACGUGUACCACGAGCGACUUCGAGCUCGCAAGCCAGGUGCGGGUCGGCGAUCUCACCACGAAGUUCGGCCCAAUUCUUAAACAGUUCCAGAAUCUUGCAUCCACGGACCAGUAUUCCCAGAUUCUGGCAUAUGUUCAAAGCAACCCACAGCCGCCAAUGCCGUCCACACCGAGCCUUGAAGACAGUCACGGCUUCUGCGAAGACUUCUGCGGUUCGAUCCUUGUGCCCGUACCGGUUGCGCCAAAUACAGGAGACAUCAAGCUCAACAUGCCGGUGAAGAACAUCGAUCAGGUCGCGCAUGCCCUCAGACAAAGUUGCCGGGAUGCCUGCUUGGGUCCGAUCGGCGGCGUGAGCACCAUCUGCUCUUGCAGAACGACCACAUGCCCUGCAAUUCUCAGCUCUUUCAAGCAAACAUACUCACAGCUCGCAGAACCCACCACCAUGCUGGAUCCUUUUGGCACUCCGCAAAUGCCGACAUGGUUUGCGGACCCCCUCGUUGCAACGUGCAACCAGUCGUGCAACGUCAUGGGGGUCCCGUCGCCGUCGGCGACGGGCUUGGUUCUUGGAAACUAG